GAAAUGGCAAUGGACAGCAGUUGGGCUGCCGCUGCCGCCGACGGCUUGUCGCCGAGCAAUGAGAACACAAUCAACUACGAUGGCAUACGGAUGGGUCUGCGUAACCUCGCCAUGUCUGUUAUCGAAGUUCGGCGAAGGCAGUCGCAGGCCCGGAGGAGGCGUUGGAAUGGUUUAAGAAAGUAACAGACGUGGCGCAGGAGCUGUGCAGCCUUCUUGAUCAAGCCCCAUUAGGAGCGUCGAUUGGUGCCAAGGCGCUGGGCGCGGCCUUCGAACAACUCGGGGAUGCGCUCGCCCACGGGCCCGCCGUCAGCAUGCUGGUGCUGGACGUCAUCCUGGUCUACGAGCUGCUCACCCGGCUGUGGCAGCUCCGUAAGGAUGCGACGCCAGAGUCUGCCGAGAGGGACGCGGCCGCCAUGCGUGAUGAGGUCGGCGGUCAGGCCGUGACGGGCGGGCGGUUUCGGCAGGUCGCCGCCUGGGUGCAGGGCCUGUUCCGCCGCAGCAGGCGCAAGGCCGGCGGAGCCGGAGAGGCGCCACAAGCUGGUGCAUGCGGAAACCCUGCUGCUGCCCCGCUUCUUGGCGGCGGCGGCGGCGGCGGCGGUGCCAGGCACAGCGGCCCUGUUUCAACAGCGGCGGCCGCGGCUGCUGCGUCCAGUGACGGCGCUGGCGCGCGCGGGCGCGGGGCGCCAGCAGGCGACGGCAAAGAUGAGGCUGCAGUGCUCAGGGCAGCUGGGGAAAUCAUCAUGGGCAAUUACGCGGUAGCCAGGACGGCGGGUGAAGUCCACGCCGCCUUGUUGAGGCUGGCCCUGGAUGAGGCGACGGCACUGAUCGGAGCGACCCGGCGGAGAAGUGGCAUGAUUUGCAUGGCGGUCAACGCUGGCCAGAUGCUCGAGGACGUAAAGGCGGCGGCGGAGUUUCUCUCGAGCGCACGCGAGCGCUUCUGUGAGUCCGUCACGACGGGCAAGGUGUUUGGCGAGUACGCUGCGGAGGGCAUCACGCAGCUGCGUGCGGUGCAGCGCGGCGAGAUGGCUGAGGGCGGCUCCAUCCUGCUGUGCAGUGGCAGGCAGCGGGGACAGGCCGUCAAAGCCAAGCUGUUCAAGGUGGACGCCGAGACCAACGCCAUGAGCAAAGAGGUGCUGGACCGCCUUGCCGGCGGCGGAGGGCCGCCGGACAGGACCUGCUGGCAGGCGGUGCUGGGCUCGCAGCCCAGGUGCAUGGCCGUCACGUCCAGCAAGCUGGAGCAGUGCUCGCGGGAUCCCAAGCAGCUCUUCCUCAUCUGGAAGGGCGGCAGCGGCGGGGACCUGGCAGCAGCGCUGUGCCUGUGCCAGCAGCACGGUACCGGCUACCGAGACGAUGGGUUGCUGAUGAUGCAAACCCUCGCAAACGGCUACACAGCUAAGCACGUGUUCCCGUGCGCACCGCCGCUGACGGAGCUCAACUUCACGGAGCUGGGCGGCGCCGCUAGCGGCAGCGCGGCUGGCAGCAGCGGUGCUGCCGACGGCGGCGCGGGCGGCGCCCCGCCGUUCAUCAACUGCCGCGCGGUCUUCCGCAUGACAGUGGAGCAGCUCCGCCGCGUCAGGGACGGCGGUGGGCCCAGCGCCUGGGACGUGCUCUGCAAGCGGCUCCGGUCGUCGGCUGAAGCCAAGCACUUGUGCGCGCGCUGUGGCACCCCACCCAAGUCGGUUUGGGCUGAUGCCGCGCCGGACGCCCCGCGCGCACCCUCGUACCGCAUGUUGGUCGUGUGCGGCAAUUGCCGGAAGGGGUUAAACCCGAAGGGCAAGCCCGGUUGGGUGGAGCUGCACUACAGCGCAGACACAUUCACUGAGGAGCAAAAGGACACGGCGUGGAAUCACCUUCUGCGGUUGUGUGGCGACGCUUCCAGCGGCCGAUGAUGGUCGCGAUGAUGGCCGUGGCGGUGGUGGUGCCGCCGGUGGCCGUGGCAGCGGUGGCUGGCGGGAGCGGCGGCUGACCGUUGGGCAGUAGCGGUGCUGUGGCCGCUGGUGUCCUAGGCACAGCAGCUGCUGCCUCUGGGAUGAACAACGGCCGUGGCGGUAACCAGCCACUGCCACCCGUCAAAGCGCCCGGGCUGCAGUGGCCAGCAUCAGGGUUUGCCGUUGCCGUGGACGGUGUGUCGGCCAUCAGUGCCGCAGCAGCAGUACGCAAGCAGCGCGGCGAAGGCCAGCAGCCAUAUGACGCAGUGGCGGCGACGCCAGCAGCUGCGGCGGCGGUUGCGGCGGCGGUUGGGGUGGAGGAGGACAAGAGGAGCAGGCAGCCAACGGACUCCCUGCCAGUGCCAGCCAGCCGGGCCGCCGCGGUGUGGGCCGCCUGACACGGCGGGAGCAGCUGCACAGAGACCGGGGCGGCGGCGACGCGGCCUGGAAGUAAGCAGCUCAUUGGCGUCCUGUGGGCGGCAAAAGCCGGCCGGCCCGGGUGCGGCUGUGCCCAGGCCGCCUGCACCCGAAACAAGGCCAGUGUGUUUCUGGCGGAGUGGAGGGCGGAGGGGCAGCAGCAGUACCGCAUGAUCGGUGUCUGCGGCGGCUGCUGGGGGGCCAAGUGGGCGGGAGAGGCUGAUAAGGACGGGUGGAAGGCCGUGUACCACACGAAGAACCCUGGGGAGGCGGGUAGGUACCUGAGCACACUAUGUCAGUAGGUGGGCAAGGCUGGGGCUAGAUAGCCCAACAUCCAUGCAAUACGAUACGGUACACGGCGAAGGUGUAAGCCGCAUCGCACAGGCGAUCGCAUGGAGCAAGCAAGUAGCGGUGCGGCUAGUGCGGCAUGCAUGCAUGUAUGUUGCUUGCUGUCUAGAGUUUCAUUUGUGCAUUUACGACCCCUCCUGACCAGCCGCCUGGCGAGCAUGACGCCUGGCGAGUGUUGUUGGAAUGAUGUCAAUGGCGGCACGGCGUUCAUCAUCGCACAUAGCUGGACAGCUAUUGGCGCGGUCACGCGCUGUGAAAUGUGUAGGGCUGAUGCAUGGGUGGGUGACACCUGGGUGGCGCGUGUGUGUGUGUGUGUGUGUAUGACGUGACAAGGUAGGGGCCAUCAUUUUCGGAUUCUUUGUAGCUGGCGCAAUGUGGAGUUCGCCGGGGUGCAUUGGGGUACCGCGGGUUCCCAUUAACUAAUGCCGCUGAGACACGCGGCUGGGCCAAGCACGCGGCAGCGGGAGCGGGGCGGGGUGGCAUGCGAGUGGUUCUGUGCGUGCGCGGGUGCGGCGUGGCGGCAUGGGCGUGAUCACAUCAACGUAAGACGGGUAUUGGCCGGAUGAAGGUCUGCAUGCUGUGUGCUGAGAUGGCAGCUAGCCUGGUUUUGGUGAAAGACUCUCGUUUCUUACUUCAUUGUGCAGUCAGGCAGUAGUGUUGGUGGUCAAGCGUUGGCUUAAUGGGCUGGUUGCCUUCAAGGUGCUUUGGUGGUGCGGUGUGGUGUGGUGCUGGGGCUGCUGGUGAGCAUUCGUCUGUUGGGUCGUUCUCCGGCCAUUUUGCAUAAGUGGUGGUGUCCCUUGCCUGCGCGGGGUUUGCCUGAUAGCCGCGCGUGUGCCAAGUGUUAGUUUAUCCUGUCCUCAUCUUCCGGUCAUUGAUUGGUCCCCUGUCAACUUCCCUGCCGCUUCCUCGUGUGUCGUGUCUUGCCUGCGAGGUUGUUGGCUGCGUUUAUCUUUUACGGCAUUCUGUUGUUG